CUGAACUGUUCAUUUAAGAGCCUGUUAAGACGGAAUUCGCCAUUCAAUUAAAAUCAGUUCGACUUUUUAAUAACCCAAACACUGAACAUGGUAGUGACUUGGCUGUCAGUGUUCAGUUUUGCCGCUCAAGUUUUUCUAGUAAUUGCCUGUCCUGACUAUCCUGUUAAUGUAACGGCAUCUCUCAAGCCAGGGUGGAGGUACAUUGUACAAUCUCCAGGUUUUCCAGACACUUACCCUCCCAACACUACCUGUAUCUGGAAUAUUACUGGACCAGAUGAUUACAGAAUUUACCUGAUUUUAGACGAAUUCCAAAUCGAGCCUUCUCAUUACUGUGACAAGGAUUAUUUACAAGAAAGCUCAAGCUUUUAUGACGUGCAUUGGAUAACAAGUGGAUACUGCUCUGUUCUAUCACAUAACUACAUUAAGUCUUUGUCUUACAAAGAAAAAAUCGGUAACAGUAAGCUUGCAUAUGACAGGAAUAGAAAUCUAUGGCUGAAGUUUAGAACUGAUGGCAGCUCAGAAUUUAAAGGUUUCCAUGGUGAAAUCAGACUAGCUGCUCAAAGUGAUGAUCGAGACUGUCAAAGUUAUCUGAAUGAUACAAGUGGAAGAUUUGCUAGUCCUAAACACCCUUUACUUUACCCACCCGGGCACCGCUGUACUUGGCACAUCGCUGUGCCUGAUGGAAAAAAAGUUCAUCUAAAAUUCACGUCAUUUGAGCUGGAAAAUACGACGAACAACGAUGGAGACUGCGCCAAUGAUUACGUAGAAAUUCGUGAGGGAGUCUGGAACAAUUAUGGAGAAAUUCUGGGCAGGUUCUGUGGUGAAGCCAUUCCUCAGGAUGUCAUUUCUCCAUCCAACCAAAUGUGGGUUCGUUUCGUUAGUGACAGAAAUGAUUUCACUGUUUACAAAGGAUUUAAGGCCGAAUUUAGUGGUUCAUCCAUUAUGACGUCAUAUGGUGCUACUAUGUGCAUUUUGAAUCUCCUAUUAACCUUUUGGUCGUAGUGGUUUGACUCGUUUUGUUGGUUGUUUGUUUUUGAGUUUUCAUAUCAGUAAAACAAGUAAAAUAAUCAUAAUAAGUAUGAUAGUAAUAAAGAUGUGUUUUAUUAUCAAC